AAUUAUUAAAUCUAAUAUUGUGUGUGAUUUUUGUAUUUACAAAACGAUUUGUUACAAGUCAAGUGCAUUUAAAUGGCUGUUACACACCGUCGGGAGAUAUUGGCAUAUGUACAUCACUUAAGUUAUGCCCACAAGUAGUAAAUCUUUUCACAAGAAUGCCACAAAAUACUGCCACACAAUAUUCCAAAGAAUUGCAGCGCAGUUGUGGUAAUCGCAUCUCUUUCGAUAAUUACCCAAUUGUUUGUUGUACAGAAAUACAUGCAGGUAUACCUAAUAAUAAUAAUAACAACCCAAGACAAAACCCAGAUAGAGAUACAUUUACUCUACCCUCGUCUACAACUGAAAAAAUAGAUGAGGCAAAAAUAUUGAGUCACACAACGCCACGAAGUGAAGGAUCUGAUAAUGUUUGUCAAGGACCAACAGGAGAUAUUGGAUUUUGUAUAUCUAUACAUAAUUGUACAAACUUAUUGGAUCGCAUUAGAGCCACUCCAAAUGAUGAAAAUUUGAAAUCUGAACUAAGAUCAUCGAAUACAAUUUGCGGUUCAAAAGACAUGAAUGUUUGCUGCCCUGUAACUAAUAGUAAAUCGAGAGCAGUAAAUACCGGUGAGACGCCGCGACGUUUGCCAACUGAAGAUGAGGGUUGUGGUUUUGUACGUCAAGCAACUGGUAAAAUCGUUGGAGGUAGAGAAAGCGAAAUUGGUGAUUGGCCUUGGAUAGCGUUAAUUGGUUAUAAUGCUUAUAGUUUGAAUCCGUUUCGUUGUGGUGGAAGUUUAGUUACCGCAAAACAUGUCAUAACAGCAGCGCAUUGUAUUACUCGAGAUCUAUCAUUUGUACGCUUAGGUGAGCAUGAUUUGAGUACACAAUCCGAGACAAAGCAUUUGGAUGUAGAUGUCGAUAAGGUAGUCGGUCAUCCAAACUUUACAAGAAAUGAUUUUCGCUUCGAUAUAGCUGUGCUUUUAUUAGUAAAAAACGUUGAUUUCACAGAUUUGAUUCAGGCCAUUUGCUUGCCUAUUUCAAAUACUUUACGCAACAAAUCUUAUGUCAAGAGUAAUCCAUUCGUUGCUGGCUGGGGUCGGACAAUGGAAAGGGGUAGUAGUUCUAAUGUUUUAAAAGAACUACAACUUCCAGUACAAGACAACUCUGUUUGUUUAAAUACUUACAAAAGAUUAAAUUAUCUCCGAUCUAAUCAACAAUUUGACGAUUCAGUAAUAUGUGCUGGUAACUUAGUUGGUGGUGAAGAUACUUGUCAAGGUGAUUCUGGUGGACCUCUCAUGAUGCCUGAACCAUAUAAAGGGGUAACACGUUAUUAUUUAAUUGGUAUAGUUUCUUACGGUAUUGGAUGUGGCAGAAUUGGUAUACCUGCAGUUUAUACAAGUACACAACAUUAUAUGGACUGGAUAACAGAUCAAAUAGCUAGCAUGUAAAGCGAAAAUACAUACGAAAGUAUGUGUAUAAAAGUUUUUGUAUAAUAUUUUUUAUAUAUUAUAUCUACCGAUAUAAUUUAUUUUGGUUGCUUUUAGUUUACUUUCUAUGGUAAGAUAAAUCAAAUUUAAUUCAUUUUCUUACCAAUAUAUUUCCGAACACUAGUUUUGACAAUAAAUUCUUUAAUGUAUUUUUUAUAUUAACAUAAAAAUUUAAAAACAAAAUUAUAUAUUAAUAACCACAAAUUUUAGAGAUAUCGUAUUUAUAAAUAUAUAUAAAAAGCUAAUAAACAAAUAUGUGAAAUAUGUACAAUGUAAACGUCUUCCAUUUCUCCAAAUUUAAUAUUCUUUGUAUAAUAUUUAUUUAAAUAUAUA